UCUGAAGAUCCUUAACGUGAAAUUGGCACACGGCGAUGGAGGAAACAAAAUUUUCAUUCAAACUGUAAAUCGAAACAAAAAUGGUGGAAGCAGAUUUAAUUGACCGGUGAAACCCUUAAACCCAAACCAGAUCCACCCACAAGAAAAAGCAAGAGCAGAAAAAAAAAACAGAAUGGAGAAGAAACAAAGCAACCCAAAGGAGUGGUUGAAUCAAAUGGUAGGAGAGCCGUAUUAUCUCACCCAUUUCCUCGCUUUCUUCUCUUAUUUCAUCGUUCGUAGCUCUGCUUCUCUCGCCCUUUCUGCUCACAUCACUCAGCUUCUCUUUUAUCGGGAAAUUCAAGCUAUUCUGGCAUUUUUUAUGCUGAUUGCAUACAAGAUGGUAAGAGAAGAAACAUGGGAGGCUUUUGUUGCUGAUACAUUGUUUUUUGGAAAGAUUUUUCUUGUUGCCCUUACUCUAAUAAUGGACUACCACUUGACUUUGUGGUACAUAGUGGUGUUUUCAGUGAUAUAUGUUUUAACACAGCAACCUCCUUACCAAGAACUAGGUACUGCUAGUAAAUUAACGCCAUUGCAAUUGGAAGCCUUGCUAACUGAAGGGAACACGUCAAGAUUUUGGCUGGUAGAAUUCCGUGCUUCAUUUUCAUCUGGUUGCAGACGUGCAAGUCGGUGCUUUCCUGAGCUGUCAAUCACAUAUUCAAACAAAAAUCUAUCAUUUGGAAUAGUUGAUCUUGGACUUUUUCCAAAUGCUGCAGAAAAAUUUGGAAUAUCUCCUGGUGGGAGCAUGGGACAGCUUCCUACAUAUAUAUUAUUUGAGAAUGCUACGGAGGUCACACGCUUUCCUGAGUUUAAUUUUGAAGCAAGGCCUACUCCUCCUAUAACUAAGAGGCUUCUUUCUCGCCAUUUUGAGCUUGAUCGGCAUCUUCUUGAAUAUGUAAACGGAAAAUAGCUGAUUCAUGUAGGCUACACGUAUCAUUUGCAGACUUGAACUUGUGAUUCCUACUUUUUGAAUGAUUAGAGAUGGCCUUACAGCUAAAGAGCACCAGGAACUAUUGCAGCCACAUUAGGGAGUAGAGAAUCAACCGAGCUUCCUGUAUAACUACCAAAUGGAGGUCAACAUUCCUGUUUGUUCCACUUUUCCUCUCAUGUAAUUGAUUGGUGGAUUUUGUUAUUGGCAUUCUUUUAAGUGUAAACGUCAAGAGUGGAAUGUGAAAACAUGUUUCGGUCUUUGGAAUAAGCCUGUGAAAACGUGCUUCAUGCUGAA